CUCAGAAACACAAACAAAAUUUUUCCACCAAAAAAUUAAAGUUCUCUGGUAAAAAAUAAAAUUCGACAGCUCAAAAUGACGCACACUUGCGUGAUCUGCAACGACUACCCGGAGAAGAAUCCCGACUGUCUGCUGUUUCCAUUUCCGGACAAAACCGACUACCCGGUCCAGUAUCAGAAGUAUCUCACCGUGUGCGACAUCCAGGAGGCAUCCCUGCCGGCCAACGUCGUACCGCACAUUUGCGCGACCCAUUUCAACGAUGACUGCUUCGACGAAGACGGCAAUCUGAUCGAAGGUUCCCUGCCCAGUGCCAAUCUGGAGCGGAUCGAAAUCGAAGCUUACGCCGACGAGGAUUUCCAAAUGCUUGAAGAAUAUGAACCCCUGUUCAAUGUGAAACCAACGGCUGCGGUAACGGUGGAGGAGCCGGUUACAUCUUCAAGUGAGCCUCCGGCAAUUGAAACGGAAACGCUUCUCGUUCCAAAGACAGAACCACUUGAGAUCAUGGAUGAUGUGUGCAUCGUAGAAGAGGCAGAGAUCAAAACCGAAGCACCAGAGGUGGACGAAGGCAUUCCGGAUCCGUUCGAUAAUAUCAAACCGGCUGAGGAUGGCGGCAAAUGCUGUAUCCUAUGCGGCGACAGUGAAGUCAAAAACCCCAACUGUCGUUUGUAUGUGUUUCCGAGAAAAAUUCCAAAAAUCUAUCGCAAAUGGAUGCUAGCUGCCAAGUUGAAUAUGACUCAGUACCAGGACAAGGACAUCUAUAGCUGCCAGAAACACUUCCCGGAAAAUGGAUUCUUUGCCGAUGGGAAGUUUAUUCAGAGUUGGGCUACUCCAAAGCUAAAUUUGCCUGCUAGAACAGCGAAAAAUUCAAAUCCAGCUGUACCAUCCGAGCCACAGAUGAUCUUGCUGAAUGCCGAACCCGGACCGUCAUCGUCCGGGGCUGGAAGCUCAACUGGUCCUCAGAUAGUUAUCAAGGUGAAUCCGGCGAACAGGAAGAAUGCCGAAGCGUUGAACAUUGAUCCGGACAGCUACGCCAAGACGUUUGCAAAGGUCGUAAUGGAACUCAUGCCCCGCAAGCUCCACUACAACGGCGAAGAACGGCCGGUAACGGGAACGAUCGUAUUCCAAUCGAAUUUGUUUUAAUUCAACUUGACAAUAAAUUACUUUAUUCCAACCAAACUAAGAUAU